AUGCCAACCCACUGGUCCGUUGGUGGGAACCCAUUCGGGGUCCGCGCAUCGCCUCGAUCUGUUUCAAACACGUACUCUUGGCCCAAGGCACUUAGGAGUGAACGGCUCGAAGCAAAGCGUGCUAGGCUCUACCACCCAAAAGCCGUAGACAUCUGGCUGGAAGAUCUCAAACCUACUGAGGUCAACCCAUACUCCCUUCCCCCCCUGAUUCCUGAGGAUCAAGGACGCUGCGUCUUUGAUGUGACGCAUGUCCCGAUUGAAUUGUCCGAAAGUCUCGAGUUGCCACCUACAAUUAACCAGAAGAGCCCACGUAUUGUUCUCGACGAGUACCAAGGUGAGCGCAACAAUCUACGCAAGUCGUCCAACUGGGCAUACAAUUGGACAAUCCAUGCCAAGAUGGAAGCGAUUGUUCCAAGGGGCUGGCUUACCCAUUGUGCCUUCACCUUUGCCCUCACUCAGCUUCAACUUGAGAUUCCACACUCUUCCCUUGCUCUCAUCGAGUGGGCCAUCGCCGCGUCCAAGGGCUCAGACGCCGAGUUGGCUAUCAAACAUUGUGCAGAGAAGCACUACUUCACUUUUUAG